AUGACCGUCCUGGCCUUUGUGGAGCUCUCUUUGACCGCUCCGACCGAAGAGAGAUGCGGUCCGGACCACGAAGACCACAAAUGCUCUGGCAACAAGUGCUGCUCGCCUGCCGGCUACUGUGGUACCACUAAAGACUUUUGCAUGGUCCCUCAGAAUUGUCUUCGAAAGUUUGGCCGCUGUGAUUCUGACGCGGUGCCAAAGGGGCCAUCCACUGCCGACGACAAACGACCCAUGGUUGGAAAGGUAUACUACGGCAUUCCGGUCGUACGGUGCAGAACGCCCGGUACCGUGGCCAUCACAUACGAUGACGGUCCCUCAGCGAAUACCCACCAUAUCCUGAACAUCCUCAAAGAGGCGGGGGCGAACGCGACCUUUUUCGUUACCGGUAUCAACAACGGAAAAGGAGAGAUCGACGUGAAAGACCAAUGGAAGGAAGACAUCAAGCGCAUGGAGGCGGAGGGUCACCAAAUCGCAUCUCAUACCUGGUCUCAUCCAGAUCUCGACAAGAUGACAGCGGAACAACGUCACGUCGAGAUGCACAAGAAUGAGCGUGCUCUUGCCAAUAUCAUCGGGAAAUACCCCACUUACAUGAGAGCCCCCUAUAUCAAGUGCGGCAAGGACUGCCUACGUGACAUGAAAGAGCUUGGCUACAAGGUGAUUCAGUGGAGUGUGGACAGUACGGACACCGAGAAGCCGAAAGAUCUCGAUGCCAUGAAGGAAGCUGUGGACUCGGGUCUUGAAGCAGCAGGCUCUGACGGCCGUGCACUCUUGAUUCAGCAUGAUACGGUCCCAAUGUCUGCCAUCCCACUCACCAGGCACAUUCUGGCUCGGAUCAAAGACAAGAACUUGAGAGCUGUUACAGUAGCCGACUGUUUGGGGGAAACGCUUGAGGAUGCCUAUCGCAAGAAAGAACCAGUCAAGACGUAUUGA